UUAAUUGCAAUAUUAAAUUUUUGGAUCUGGGAAUUUUGAGUUUUCCCCUGGGGGAAAAAUCCCUAGGUCCGCACCUGAUGUAUCGAUUGUAAUCAUAUGACUGCUGGGCGUAGUGAGCAGUACUCCGAAAUUUUCUCUUCCAUUUCCAAAAAAUAAAUUGUAUAUUUUGGAGUAUCUUGGAAUAAUUGUGUUAAUCGUAAUUCGUCAUGAAAGUUUGUGGUCCCAAAUACGCCCUGUGCGGUCUCAUCGUAUCCGCCUGGGGAAUUGUGCAAUUGCUGCUUAUGGGUAUCUUCUUUUUCGCUCGAAGUGUCGCCCUUAUCGAAGACAUUUCCUUCGGUGAAGAGAUAUUGGAUACACCAGAUAAAUUCUACUUUGCAGCUGACAGAGGUUACACUCAAAAUGCCUACAAUUGCUGGAUUGCUGCCUGCAUUUACGUGCUAACAUUCUUAUUCUCUGGUCAUCAGUUUUACGUCAACUCUAGAACAUCACUCAGUGUUUAAAUAAAUUGUUCAAGAUGUUUUAGGUUUAUUAAUCACUCUCGCGAUCGGGGAAGCCCGCAUCCUCAGUGAGAGACGAUAAAUCAAUUCAGUAUGGAAGGAGUUAAGAUUUCAAGUGAAAUAGCUCUGAAUCUUAGACGGAUAUCGAAAUUUUUCUCUCGACCAUUAUCGUAGAGAAUGAAUUGUAAAAUUUAAAGAAGACCCUUCCAAAGUAUUACGUAUCUGUCUUAGAUUCAAAUAGAUUCCUCGAAAGCUCACCUAUUAACUGAAUUCAGAGAGAAUGUAAUUGAUUUUAUUCUGUGUAGAUGACAUCGGAUGAGAGAGAGAUAAUUAUAAUGUGUAGAAUAUUUAAAUUUGUCCCGAUUUUGCCCCGUAGGUCUCAUGUGACUCCAUCAGCGAAAUAUUGAACAGAAAAUUGUAAAGCCAAUGGAGACAUUCCGUAAUUCUGUUAUUCGUCAAUUUAAUUGUUCUUUUUAUUGUUAAUUCAUCGUUCACCGGAAGUUAUUCACGUUUUUGGAAGAGAUAAAUGUAAUCAAGAAAUGGAAAUCUGCAUACAUGUCAAGGGAAACUGUAUAUUGAUAGUAAGGAGAAAUAUAAACGAUAUUACAUUAUA